AUGGCCAAAGAAAUCCGCUGGGGAAUUCUAGCGACUGGCGGCAUCGCCAAGACCUUCACUCGUGACCUUCUCGUCGACCCAACCACUCGCGAUGUCCAGGAUGUCAAGCACACCGUCACCGCGGCGGCCUCGUCCAGCAGUGCCUCCCGCGCCCAGGACUUCUUGAAGGAGGUCGGCGCCCCAUCAUCCGCCAAAGCCUACGGAAGCUACGACGAACUAGUCAAAGACUCCAACGUCGACAUCAUCUACGUCGCCACCCCGCACUCGCACCACUACCAGAACGUGAUGCUCUGCCUCAACGCCGGCAAGAACGUCCUCUGCGAGAAAGCAUUCACCGUCAAUGCGGCUCAAGCGCGCAAACUCGUCGACCUGGCCAAGGAGAAAGGUCUGUUCCUCAUGGAAGCCGUCUGGACGCGAUACUUUCCCUUGAGCAUCUACGUGCGCGACCUGAUCAGCAGCGGCAAGCUGGGCAAUGUCACACGGUGCUUCGCCGACCUGGCCCUCAGUUCAGAUCCGGAGAAGACGUUCGCCGAUGGGAAGCACCGCAUGGUCAACCCGGACCUGGCUGGCGGGCCCUUGUUGGAUUUGGGUGUCUAUGCGCUGAAUUGGGUGAUGCAGUGUCUGUACCACACGCAAGAUCCCAAAACCCGGCAGAGGCCAGGCGUGCUGGCGAGCGUGAAGCGCUACGAGCCGACGGGGUGCGAUGAGAUGUGCACCAUGCUGCUCACGUUCCCGCGGAAGGAGGGCGGGGAUGCUCAUGGCGUGGCAACGACGAGUAUUAGGGCUGCUAGUGCGCCUGGUGGGAAUAAUGAUACGCCGGCGGUGAGGGUGCAGGGUGAUAAGGGAGAGAUACAAGUCUACCCCAUGAUAUACAGGCCACUCAAGACUAAGCUCAUUCUCACUGAUGGGACGGUAGAGGAGAAGCACUGGCCUCAGCCUGGCCCGGGGAAGGGCAGUGGUUGGAAGAAUGGGUUUGGAGACGGAUGGAAUAGUGAAGGAGAAGGUCAUGGCAUGUUCUGGGAAGCGGACGACGCCGCCAGGGCGUUGGUCUCGGGCAGGAAAGAAGGCAGCUUUCUCGGCUGGGACGAGUCUGUGCUGAUCAUGGAGAUCAUGGAUGAGGUACGCAAGGCAGGCGAUCUCAAGUACCCAGAGAAGAUUGAGACGCUGGACUACCCAGUCGAUCUUUAA